UGAAGGGUGCUCGUAUAAAAGCAUCCUACUCCUUCGACUUCCUACAAUUUCGUUUCUCGCCGUCGAUCUUGUCGUUUCGUUAUAACCAUGCGAAUAUUAGAAUUUUUAUUGCUGUUCUCGCUUAACGCGUUAUUCUACGCGUGUCUCGCGAAACCGGCCGAAAAAUUAUCGAAUCCUGGAUCUUUGAACCCUGUUCAGCUAAUGGAAGUGGUGUCAGUGGAUGCUGAUCAAAAUAGAGAGCAACGAUCACCACAGUUUGGACUUCUAGGAGAAGAUUACUCGGAUUAUUCGGAAGAAGAAGAAGAGCGAACUUUCGAUCACCAUAGAAAGCAUAAACACCAUAAACACAAACCAGAAGGUUUCCAUGGCCACCCUACUGGUCACUACGGAGGGUACCAACCUCCGGAACACUAUUACCCACCGUCCACUGGGGGUGGAGGAUCCUUCGCCACAGCAUCCGCAGGAUCCAUCGACUCCCAUGGGAAACCAUUCGGUGGACAAAGUCACGCGAAUGCACAGACCGCCAGUUUCAGCUUUGGACCAUACUCCGCGACGUUCAGCGUUGCUGAAGCCGCUUCCGGUAGCCAAAGAUACUGAAAUCGAAAGGUCGUAAAUCUACCCCUGACCGACUCUACGAAGUGCCCGAUGUAAUUCCAUCGGUCGAACCUCGGCCAUCCCCAGGCCAUCCAUUGUUUACAAACAUUCUACGUCACUAGGUAUAAGUAAAUAGCCGGAACGGGCGUGGAAGAGAGGAAACCACCCUCGAUCCUCGAGAUUUCCUGGGAGAGCCUGUUCUCCUUUGUCCGCGGCUACCACGUCAACCACCAGAUGUUCCCGCGAAUAAAACCGAAGAAAAUAUAUGUAGGGAGGAACGAGGAGGACCAAACGAUGGAGGAAGAACGGAACAUAGGGCUCGAGGAUUAACAGCACAAAGGGAGAGGAAAAAGGAGGAGGUCCUGUAACAAAACGAACACCGAAAAAAUCGGGACGCGAAGAAGGAGCGUUCAAUGACCGGGACCAAGAGGGCACACGCGAUAUCUUCGAUCCAGCUGCAAUCAUCUUCAUCCUCCUGAUUAAUGAUCACCCUCUUGUACGAUAAUAUUAGCAAGUUAGAAUUUUUAUAGAAUCUUCUUGUACAAAAUUUCUGCAAUUUAAUAAAUUAAUUUAAAGGUUCA